AUGUUGAUGAUUGUUCUCCUGCGGCCCACAAUUGUUAUGACAUCGUCCACUGUGGCACUCUUGCGCCAUGGCGAUGACAUGCCUGUAGUCAUGGUUACAAGUGAUGGCUGCUACCAGUCCAGGACAGAGGAAGGGGCAAUGACUGUACGCUGCAGUUGGAUGGGGUUGACACAGGUCCCUGCGGGCAUUCCUAACCUGACCUUUCACCUGUUACUGGAUAACAACCAGCUCAGCUCGCUCCCUUCAAACUCCUUGUUUGGUCUCAGAGUGCUACACAAGCUCGACCUCUCACACAACCAGCUGACCCUUUUGGAACCAGGCUGCUUCCGUGAUUCAACACCCACGUUGCGCUUCCUGGAUCUGUCGUCCAAUAGACUUUCAACUCUCGAUCCGGCUGCCCUGGGGGGGCUGCGAGCCCACGCUAACCUCACAAGCAACCCCUGGCACUGUGACUGCAAGCUACAGGUGUCUAUGCCCAAGUUGGAUCUGGACCCCUCCUCCCUGGCAGAUGUCAUAUGUCACAGUUCGGAUGUUCCUGAAAUGGGUGGGGUGGGGGUGCCGUUUGUCCUGCUGGCGGAGGAGUUGGACCUGUGUCUCUCCAUGAGGAGAACCACGGACGUGGCCAUGCUGGUCACCAUGUUCCUGUGGUUCUCCAUGGUCAUCUCUUACUUGGUGCACUACGUACGUCACAACCAGGAGGACGCUCGCCGGCAUCUGGAGUACCUCAAAUCCUUGCCCAUGCCCCAAGUGCAACUUUAA